AUGCCUAAAAAUAGAUAGGAAUAAAAAACACUUGUGACCAAGAGUUUUCUUAUGAUUAAACAAUUCUAAUACCACAAGCAAAAAUAAUUAUUAAUUAUAAAGAGUAUUAGUUGCAGCUUGUAAAUGACAACUCAGAUUAGAAUUUUGAGAGUAUUCCAUUCAGCUCAAGAACAUCCGGAUCUUUAUUUGAAAAAUAAUACUUUUUAAAUAACUAAGAAGCUGAAAUCCCCUCCAAUUAGUCAAAAAAUAUUUUUGCAUCCUAAGUAUUAGAAAAUUAGUAAGCUAUUCAAUUAAAAAUCAUUUAGACCUAAGUAACACAAUAGAAAAGCGGAAGAAUCAUUGGAAAAAAGUGUUUAAAGGUGCAAAAAGUUAAAAUUUAUUGAACAGGUUUUACCAAAUGAAGAAGAAUGA